AUGAAACCAUCACUUGCAAGACCUGAAUCGAAGAAUCAAUCUGGCAACAACACAACAUAUAAAAAGAUUGCUGGAGUAAGGACACGUAAUGGUCCAUUUCAUGGUGUAGAAGCUUGGUUUAGUGGAUAUAACCUAGACAUCGGGAAAGAUCAAGCCUCAUAUAGUCAAAUUUAUAUAGGAAGUGGAUCGAACAACCAAGUCAAUUUUAUUUCAGCGGGAUUUAUGAUAAAUCCAGGAUUUUUUCCCGAUGGACGUAUUUGGUCAUAUGGAUUUUGGAAGGGUAAAGAUGGAAAAGGAUGUUACAAUACGGCGUGUUCAGGAUUUGUUCAAGUAUCGAAAGAGAUUCCAAUAGUUCAACCAAUUGAUAACCUUAAACCAGGGGAAUCAACCUGGUGGCAUAGUGGUGCAAAUAUGGUUGGAGUUGGAGGUGUAGUUCAAGCUUCACGUUCUGGUUCAAGCCCUCCGAUGGGUAAUGGUAAUUUUCCAGAGAAUAAAUUUCCAGUGACACACCCCAAACGUUCAGCGAUUUUUACAAAUAUUGAAGUCUUGAAUUAUCACUAUGAGCGACCUAGUUCACUUGGUUUUUAUUUUAACUAUGGUGGUCCGGGAGGAAACUCUUGUGGAAUUUGA